GGAGCAUGUCGGAGCAUGGCGACGCGAACAAACCAAAAUACUGCUGUGUCAAUUUGUGUCACGGCUGGAAAGCUCCCAUUAUAUAUGCUAUGGAAAAUACACAGGGGCAUUUCAGUGAUGUUUUUUUGAACGCAUCCUAUGAAAGUUUUUUUUCUUCUGUUGAGAAGUGUGUUAAAUGGUGUUAAAUAUGGUCAAAUGCAAUCAGCAAUUACCGUGAAUAUUCCAUCGCAUGAUGUUAUUAAUGUUUAUGUAAUGAAAUUUAGUUAGUAGAUAAAAAUUUCAGUUUAAAGAAACGUACAGAUUUAUAAGUUACAAAAAAUUAAUGAAACCAGAGCUUUAUAAAUAUUGAUUUCAACAUAUAUUUUCAACAUGUAUGGGCUAUAUGAAAAUAAGAAGAAAUAUUUUGUUCAAACUCCAAAUACACGUAAUGUAAAUAAAUUAAUAGCACAAAGUGAUGACAAUGAAAUGCUUAAUAGAAUAGCAAAAAAUUUAAAUUUGAGAAUACCAGUUGUACAAGUAAAUAAGAAUAUUGUUAAUAUUAGCACAUUUAAAUCUGAAUGUAUUUUUGAUGUAACACACAAUUUUCAAACAUUUUCUGAAAAUAUGAAUGAUAAUAUCGACGAAUUUAUGAUGAUUGAUGAAAAACAUAUAAUAGAUGAAAUUAUUGAAAUACGAAAUGAGUCAAUUUCCAAUAAUACUAAUGAUAAUAGUAUUGACAAUACAGAAUUACAUGAAGAUAUUAAUAAAGAUUCAGAGAAAUUACAUUCCCACAAAAAUAAUUAUAAUAAUGAUGAUGUAGACAUGGUUGACUCUUGCUAUAAUGCAGAUUCUGAAAGUUCUGAGGAAGAAAGUGAUGUACAAUCGAAAAAAUCUAAUACCAAUAUACAGAAAAGCUCAAAGACAUCAUUAAAUGUUAACAAAAAAAAAAUCUGUGAUGAUAUUCAUUUACGAGUUCAAUGCUCAAAACCAAAAGGUAGAGGAAAAAGAAAUUUUUGUUUUUAUUGCAAAAAAAUGAUGACAAAGAUAAGCAGGCAUUAUGAAACAAUUCACAAAGAUGAAGAGGAUGUGAAAAAAUUUAUCUCAUUACCUAAAGGUAAUCAAGAUAGACAGAAUAUUAUUAAACAUCUUAGACAAAAAGGCAAUUAUUUAUUCAAUCUAAAUCCUACCUACAAUAACGGAGAACUUCUAGUUUGUAGAAGACCGACAGAAUCUGGAACAAAAACUGCAUGCGAUUUUGUUUGUUGUGCCGGAUGUAAAGGCUUUUUUUCUAAAAGUUCUAUACGUCAACAUUUUAGAAAAUGUACACAAAAAGUUGUUGCCAGAUCUGUUAACAAACUUGGAAAUAUAAUUCAAGAUCGAAUACAUGAAUGUGCAAAUUCUAUUUUAAGAAAUGUUAUAUUUCCAGUAUUAAGAGAAGACGAUAUUAUUCGAUUAAUUAGAUAUGAUGAACUAGUAAUCACUUACGGCAAUAAAAUGUGUCUAAAACGCGAUACGAAUCAACAUCAGCAUCAAGAAAGGAUAAGAACUCGUUUAAGACUAUUAGGACGAUUCUUACAAGCUCUUCGAAAAAUUAAUAAGGAUGUAACAGAUUUUUAUAGUCUUUAUCAUCCGUCAAAAUACGAUAAUUGUAUUACUGCCGUAAAUCAACUGGCAGGCUUUAAUGAAAAUACAAAACUCUAUGCAGCUUCUUCCGUUGCAUCAACUCUUUGCGCAUACAUAAGAGAAAUGGGAAAUUUGGGUAUCGCUGAACACAUAAAACGUAAUAAAUUGAAAGAAAAGAUAAACAUAGAAGACUUUCUACAAUUAUUCCAAGGUUUUAGUGUGUCUGUUCAAAAAAAUGUUAAAAAAUCUAGAAUACAAGCUAGACGGAAUAAAAAAACACAGGAAUUAUCAUUUGACGACAUUAAAGUGUUACAUGACUUUUUACAAUCUAACAGGCGUAAAGCAUUUCAACAACUUAAAAACAUAUUCACAUUUAAUACUUGGCGACAGCUAGCAGAAUUCACUUUGAUAUCUGUUCAAGUAUUUAAUAGGCGAUGUGCCGAAGCAGUAGAACGUAUGUCCAUCGACGACUAUAUGCAUCAAGGAUGUAUAAACAAGCGAACGAAUUCAGAUAUAUAUGAAUCCUUACUACAUGAAACCCGAAAAACAGUUGAUAACUAUGUAAGAGUUCCUAUUAGAGAACGCUGUGGAAAACCUGUUGCUAUUCUUUUGGAUUGCGAAAUGAAAAAUUGUAUCGAGGUACUUCUACGAUAUCGUAAAGAAGCAAAUAUUCAUGAAAAAAACCCUUACAUCUUUGCUCUACCGGGUGAUGAUAAAAGGCGAUUUAAAGCAUGUGAUAUUAUUACGCAAAUACUUCCUACAAUGCAAAGAACAUGUUCUUCAGAUAAUGAAACUUCAUAACCAUAUUGUAACGAAAUACAUAAAUUAUAUUGAAUCUGUCAGGACGUGAUAAUAACACGACUAUUUAUUUAUGUCAUGACGAAAGUAUGUAUAUGCAACAUUAUUUGGUAAAUUAAAAUAAUUAAAAUUCUCGAUUGUGUAUCAUAGAACAAGGACGACAUAUUGGACAAGAUAUAUUUAGGACAAAGUAAUUUUAAAUAAAUUAAUGAAGAAAAAAUCUAAAUAUAUCAAUGAAAUUGUAUAAUAUAUAUGCUAUAUAAUAAUAUAUUAUAUAGUAAUAAAUAAAACAAAAUAUAUUAUAAAAA